AUGGGGGGGCGCGGAGGAGACGCCGGAAGUAGCGGUGGUACGGGUCCGACGGAGGGGUACUCACCACCGGCUGGGUCCACCCGAGCGGCGGCCAGGGCCAAGGCCCGAGGGGGUGGGCGUGGCGGCCGCCGAAGCGCCACAUCCUCGGUUCCGUCUUCUCGCGGAGCGGCGCCGGGGCGGCGCUCCCCUCCACCAGCUGCCAUGAGCGAGCGCCUCCGCCCCAGGAAAAGGAGAAGGAAUGGCGGCGAGGAGGACAGCCACCUUCCCCCCCAGACCAAAAGGAGCAGCCGGAACCCCGUCCUUCAAGACUCCUGGGAUACAGAGUCUUCCAGCAGCGAGAGCGGCGUCAGCAGCAGCAGCAGCAGCAUCAACAGCCCGGACCGGGCCAGUGGGCCCGAGAGCAGCUUAAACCCAGGCAGGGCCGGCUCCAGCCCCACCACGCCCCAGCCUGCGCCCGAGCAGUCUGCGCUCUGCCAGGGCCUGUACUUCCACAUCAACCAGACCCUGAGGGAGGCGCACUUCCACAGCCUACAGCACCGCGGCCGGCCUCCCACAUGAUGCCCGGCCGGGCUGGCCUUCUGUGAAGGGACAGCGCUGGGCAGGGGCUGCUUCAACCCAACGACCGCUUCUCAAGAAUUGCACACAAAACAAACAAAACACAAACAGGUGCCUGUGGGCUCUUGGGUCUGUCUGAGAACAGGUGACGGGCCGUCAUUCCCGGGUGGUUUUGCUGCACGCGUGCAGCCUCAGAGGGGGCUCUGGACCGUCUUUUAUAGGAUUCUUUUAGGGGUACGCAGCCUGCAUUGGCCCCCUCGUCUGCCCACAGAUCUGCCCACGAACGCUCUCUGUCAAUGGCCUUUGAACAUGCGGGGCCUUCAGUUUUUAACUCAAUAAACUAGUGAAGACUGUCUAGUUUCUGUGAGAAGAAAUUAAGUCUCCCUCCACCCCUCCCACAAAAGCUAGAAAGCUCGCUGCAGCCCUGCACUGAGACGACCUGCUGUACUACCUCUGAGUGUGUAGCUCUCGAAGCCCUCCCCUCUGACCAGCCUGGACGGGGCCAGUGGAGCCCACCCUCCGUCUCCAGAGGGAAGGCCUACCCGGCCCUGCGGCCCCCAGAUAGCACGUAACACCCUCCACCCGCCUUCCUCCGGAGUCUGUCAGAUUCCGUCGAACACCUCUCGCAGAUCCCAGCAGAACACCGAGCUCAGGCUUACUCGCAGACCUGUGGCUUCAGCAGCUGCCGGGGUCUCAUGCCCGAUCCGCCCUGUGGAGGUGCUUGCUAAGGCACCGACGGUGCUGACACUGGGGACCCUUCCAGAACCGACGGCCAGAGAACAAGGACCCAAGGACCUCAUGGCUCCCAGAGCCACUGGCAGCACCCGGGAGUCACAGUGCCAGCCCCUCCCCAGCCCGCAGGGGGUGUGGCGAGGAAGAAGGGCAGAGGUGGGCCUGACGAGGUGGCAGUGUUUAUUGAGGGGCGGGGCUGCCGUGCUACUUGGUCAUGUUCGAGAGCCACCCCAGUUUGAACAGCGAGGACGACGGGGACGUGUCCUCCUCCUCACUGACCAGCUGUCUGAAGAAGGUGCCGGGAAGCGUUGGGUCAUCUGCCCGGGGGACAGCCGGGAGGGCAGCCUGCAGAGGGAUGCGGAGGAAAGUGCCUUAGAGAACCACCGCCCUCCCCUUCCCCCGCCCCCCUGCAGAGCAGAGCCCGGUUGGCUCUCCGAGGGCUUGGUGGAGUGUCAGGAUUUGUUCUGAAGCAUGUCUGGGUCUCCGUGGGAACAGGAAGGCUGCAUCGCCAGCGCUUUGUCCACCCGUAAAGCCGACCGGGAGGCCCAGCCGUGCGAGCUCAAACCCACGUGCAUGCAUGGGUCAGAUACCCAGAGUGACUCCCGCGGGCCUAGCACGUGCCAUCCGGCUGCAACAAAACGUGUAUGGAACAGCAGACUCCCUAUCUCCCAAGACUCCAGCAAGUUCCCUUGUUACUUCACACCCACCUGGAAUCUGGACUUGCCUCCACCCCAAAUAAAACCCCAAGUAAGAGCCACCACAGUGCUUGGGCUGGCCCCUCACGCAUUGACUUGCUAAGUCAAAAGCCUCCCUCCCAGCAUCCCAAUUCUUGAUGCCUGGGGCCCAUUUCCGUUGGGACUGCCUGGUAGCCAACAUGGGCGUCCCCACCUGCUAACAGCUCGCCUGGUAACCUGUACUACCCGUCGCGCCGCCAUUAAAAGCAGCAGUAGUGCA